AGAACAUUCAUGAGCACUUCUUGGAGCUCAGUCUCUGUGUAAAACAAGGUCUUUGACCCAGGCCCUGGCUGGUAGACACCCUGCACAGGGAGCAUGACAUGACCUCCCUAAUUGUCUGGCGUGAAGGGGGUCGUGGAAGAGGCAUGGCCCUCCGUCCACAGCCUCCUCUUCUUAGAACUUGCCCGGCCUGUGCACAAGGGUUAGUGCUGGUGUCCAGCCCUCUCUCUCUCGGGCUGCAAAGUAGGGUGAUGGGGCAAUGGUGCUGGAGCCACAACUGGACAGACAGCUGGGUGGCCUGGCACCCACCGCCGUGCUACAGGCAGGGGGGCCAUGGGAGUUUCGCCUGCUAGCUACCAGGAGUUGUGAUCAGUAUUGCUCGUUUAGUCACCCAGCCCCAGGACAGGGGUUGGGAGUGAGUUAAAAACAGCUUCUGCUCUUAAAAAUGUGAUUGUAAGAUGAAGGACGCAGAUACCCUCCCACAGACCCAUUCUAUAGUAGGACAUUGGUUGAACCUGCAGCCCAGGCAGUAGGUUGGAAGACCCGGGCCUUCCAUACCCGGGAUGUGCAACUAUCACUUCUGCCUGGUUCUAGAAUACUGUCGUCAUCCCCAAAGGAAACCCAUCCCCGUUAAGCAGUCACUCCCCAUUUCUCCUGCCCUCAGCCUCUGACAACCACUAAUCUGCCUUCUGUCUCUGUGGAUUUAACUAUUCUGGACAUUUCAUAUAAGUGGAGUCAUUGAAUAUGUGACCUUUUGCAUCUGGUUUCUUUCAGUUGGUGUACUGUUCUCAAGGUUCGCAUGUUAUAGCAUGUGUCAGUACUUCAUUCCUUUUGUGGCCAAAUUAUUCCAUUGUAUGGAUAGACCAAUUUCGUUUACCCAUCACUGAUAACGGACAUUUGAGUUGUGUCUACCCUCUGGCUAUUGAGAACAGUGCUGCUAUGAACACAUGUGUAUAAGUAUUUAUUUGAAUACCCAUUUUCAGUUCUUUUGGGUGUAUACCUAGAAGUGGAAUGGCUGGGUUACUGGGUAACUACAUUUAGCUUUUUGAGGAAUCACCAAACUGUUUUACACACCGGCUACACCAUUUUACGUUCCCACCAACAAGGUAGGGGGUUCUAAUUUCUCCACAUCCUCACCAACACUUGUUUUCCUUUUAAAAAUUAUAGUUGUUGUUCUAGUGUGUGUGAAGUGUCACUUAAUUUAUUGUUAUUUGAUUUUGAGCACCUGCUGUAUUCCCUGAGAUUAUACUGUCACUGUCACCUUCACUCACAGUGUCUUGUUUCAUCCUCUUGACAACCCUUUGAGGUAGGUAGAAUUAUACCCCUUUUCUAGAUGACAAAAUUGAGUCCCAGAAAAGUUAAUGACCUAUCCAAAGCACACAGCUGACAAGUGACAGAGGCAGGAUUCUAAAUCGGUGUCCGGCUCCAAGUCUAGUGCUUUUUCCAUUUUCGGGAGUGGGACAAAUCACUUUCUCCUUUUCUCCUACUCUGCUUUUUCCAUCCCUCCUAACAGCUUUUACUUCUUAUGCUUUCAUUUUCCUUUCUUAAGCAUCUUCCUCCUUGUACCUCCUUGGUUCUCUUUCCCUCAGCCAUCCUGUCUCCCUUAAAUCCUGAGAAGACACUGCUGCUGUGGGGAGGCGGUGUGCCUGGGGAGGGGAGGGCAUGGAGAACUCACCCUUCCUCCGACAUGCUACCUCCUCUCUCGGGAAGAGAGCAAAAUGGAUGAAUUGACGGCGAGCAGUCCCCAAGCACGGCAGAUCUCAGAGAGGGGCAGCAAGGGGCUGGUUUCCUGCUGCAGGACCCCCAGGCUCGAGUUGGCCCCCGGGCAGAGAAGUGGGCGGGCCGGGGGGCCAGGACCCUAGCCCUAGACCACUUCAGCCCACCAUCAGCGCCAGUUGGUUUUCUCAGAGUGUCUGUUCUCCUCUCAUUCAUGGGGAUCUCACAGCCAGCUUCAAGUCUGCUUUUCCAUUUGUAAGUUGGACAGUCUCCAUAUCGGGGAAAAGACUCCAGACUGCCAGAGCAGGGCUAUUUUAUACUCCCUCAUAGUCCUGAAGCACUUUCGCUUUUCACAGCAUUUUCCGAGUCCAUGUCUCAUUAGCUCCUCCGAAACUCCUGUCAGUCUCUGGACAGACCCUCUCCUCGUUAUGAAGACAAGCAAACAGCCUGAGCGUCAAGCAGUGAUGCAACCAGGCCCAAACUCAGUAUCUUGAUAUCCUUUCCCCCAGGAAGAGCAUGGAAAAGAGGGGAAGGAGAGUUGUGUUUCUUUAGAAAGCACAGUGGCCUUAUAGGAGGGUCAAGUUGUUUAAUUUAAAAGCCAUGUGUUGCACAUGGAAUUUAAUUUUGUGUAGCUCAAUACCUAUGUUAUAGUAUCAGUACAGAGUACAUUCGCUGGCAUGACCUUAAAUAAAUUUUAUCCCCCACCCCCCAAAAAAGAAUUGUGCUGCCUGGACCCAGACGGCAUCUGGGAAGGCCUUCUCUGUGCCCUACCCGCUGCUCAGUGCUGUGCAGAACUCAUGUACGGAGGACCUGAGAGCAGAUGUGAUUAUCCCAUGUCACGGGGGGACACCAGUGGACAGGACAGUUGAGAGAUGGGCUAUUGGCUGUCACUGCAGGGAACAGCAUAGGAGGAAGGGGUUUAACUGCAGGAUUGGUUUUAAGUCAGACUGGUGUGACAGGGAGACCCGGGGACAGAUCAUGUAAGGGACCGUGGGAUUGGCUCCUCUGGUAUACCUACUCAGAAAGUCAGAGGAGCAGGUUCCUGAAGGUAUGAGCCAGGGGACAGGAGGGGAGACCCCAAGUAAAUGUAAGAGGAAAGUGACUUCAGGAGAGAUGGGGAAGGGACCGGUGGCGUCCCUAGCGUCCCUUGUGGAACUGUGACCUGAAAAGGCUCCAGAGGAAGCCCACAGAGGAGCUUCCUCCCCCUGGCUCCCAAGUUUGGUAGGACUAUUGUUUUCAAAUACCUUUGCCCCUCCGUAGACAUCCAGCCUGAUGACUUCUGCCUGUAAUUGGCACAGGCUGUUUCCAGUUCUGGCGCUUGUGACUGGACAACUUUCUUUGUGUUUAACCCCUUCCCCCACAUACACCUCACCCCGCCUCUGUCCCUACCAUACAUAUAAAGAGUGAUGAUUUGACCCGGCCUUACUGGGGUGUGCUGUGUGUAAAAAUACAUGGGGUUGAGCCAUUUCCUGCUGCUUCCGCUGUUGCAUGGCGAUAAGACACUGGGGCCUGGGCUGUGGAAAGAGAUCCUCCAACAAGCUGAGGGGACUGACCUGAGGGGGGCUCCAGGCCCACCCACUGCCCUCCGACCAGCGUUUUCCAUCUUUCCUCACUUCUGUGGCCUUUCCGUCCUUUCUCUUCCUGCCGCCCAUCCUUUCUCAGUCUCUCGUAUUUCUUUGUGCCACCCUGAGGCUCUGGGGAGGCCUGCCUGCCUGCUGGUGAGGAAAAGGGGCUGGCAUCUCCUUCCUGCACAUUUGCCCCCUUCCAAGCUGGGCAGUUAGCACCCCUGGGCUCCCUGCUUCCUUAGGCCUGUGGAUUACUUCUGGCACUUGAGUCCUUGGGGACCUGGCCAGCAGGACGGGUGGGGGUGUACUCCUCUCCUGGUUCUGGGAGACGGGGCAGGGCUGGGUGCUCCCACCAUCAUGAAGCGGAAGAGAUUGCUGACAACUCCAGAGAACUGGAAGGUGGACAAAGGAGACCUCGUGGCCCUGAGUGUUGCUGGUGGCCCCGGCCAUGGGGACAUUGAUGGUCCCAUCAGCCUGGACGUGCCUGAUGGGGCCCCAGACCCCCACCGCACCAAGGCCGCCAUCGACCACCUGCACCAGAAGAUCCUAAAGAUCACGGAGCAGAUCAAAAUCGAGCAGGAGGCGCGCGAUGACAACGUGGCGGAGUACCUGAAGCUGGCCAACAAUGCGGACAAGCAGCAGGUGUCGCGCAUCAAGCAGGUGUUCGAAAAGAAGAACCAGAAGUCGGCGCAGACCAUCGCCCAGCUGCACAAGAAGCUGGAGCACUACCGCCGGCGCCUGCGGGAGAUCGAGCAGAACGGGCCGUCCAGGCAGCCCAAGGACGUGCUCCGGGACAUGCAGCAGGGGCUAAAGGACGUGGGUGCCAACGUGCGCGCAGGCAUCAGCGGCUUUGGGGGCGGUGUGGUAGAGGGCGUCAAGGGCAGCCUCUCGGGCCUCUCCCAGGCCACCCACACCGCCGUGGUGUCUAAGCCCCGUGAGUUCGCCAGCCUGAUCCGCAACAAGUUCGGCAGCGCGGACAACAUCGCCCACCUGAAGGACCCUCUGGAGGACGGGCCCCCCGAGGAGGCGGCCCGGGCACUGAGUGGCAGCGCCACACUCGUGUCCAGCCCCAAGUACGGCAGCGAUGACGAGUGCUCCAGUGCCAGUGCCAGCUCGGCCGGGGCGGGCAGCAAUUCCGGUGCGGGGCCCACUGGGCUGCUGGGAAGCCCCAAGUCGAACACGCUGUACGGGGCACCUGGAAACCUGGACUCUCUGCUGGAAGAACUGCGGGAGAUCAAGGAGGGACAGUCCCACCUGGAGGACUCAAUGGAGGACCUGAAGACGCAGCUACAAAGGGACUACACCUACAUGACCCAGUGCCUGCAGGAGGAGCGCUACAGGUAUGAGCGGCUGGAGGAGCAGCUCAACGACCUGACUGAGCUUCACCAGAACGAGAUGACCAACCUGAAGCAGGAGCUGGCCAGCAUGGAGGAGAAGGUGGCCUACCAGUCCUACGAGAGGGCUCGGGACAUCCAGGAGGCUGUGGAGUCCUGUCUGACCCGAGUCACCAAGCUGGAGCUGCAGCAGCAGCAGCAGCAGGUGGUGCAGCUGGAGGGUGUGGAGAAUGCCAACGCGCGGGCGCUGCUGGGCAAGUUCAUCAACGUGAUCCUGGCACUCAUGGCCGUGCUGCUGGUGUUUGUGUCCACCAUCGCCAACUUCAUCACGCCCCUCAUGAAAACGCGCCUGCGUAUCAGCAGCACCGCCCUCUUCAUCCUCAUCCUCUUCCUCCUCUGGAAGCACUGGGACUCCCUCACCUACCUCCUGGAGCACGUGCUGCUGCCCAGCUGAGUGGCCAGCCAGUCCCUACCCCAUGCUCUCCCUGGCCCCCAGCUGGCCAUGCGUCUCCGCAGGGACCUUGAGACUCCAGACUCCCUUGGAUUUCUUCAUGUGUCUGGUGUGGCCCCCUGCCCAAUCUGUCCAUUCCAGCAGCUCCUACCCCUUCUCUGUUCUUGCUUCUGUCUAAUGCCUUCUCCCUGUUGGCCUGAAGGGAGGCUGGAGGGCAGCACUGACUGGAGGCAGUGGGGACAUCUGUGGCCCAAUGGAACAGAGGAGGACACUGGGACGGACUGUUUUGAUUAUUUACAGUCACACAAGGACUUCUCUCAGCUGACUUGGAUGCCGCCAGUCAAGGAGGCCGAUGAGAAUAGGAACAGGAGAGGGCCAUGCCUCAGCUUUCCCAGGGAAGAGCCCACCCUGGAGGCCGCCACGGCUCCCUCCUGCAGAGGUGGUCAGGAAGAAAACAACAGGGCGAGAGGACGCUCUGCUGGCCCCUGAGAGAGCAGGGAAGAGAGGGGAGAGGUUCCCCAGACUUGGGCAGCUGCUGGGCCAGAGAGCUGGCUCAGUCCAGCCCUCCUUCCUCCACAGCUGGCCUGAGGCUGGGUUCUGGGCUGGGAUCUUCUGGGAGCCAAAGGAGGCAGGUUCUGGAGGCCAGCUGGGUGUGGCUUUGGACUUGUGUUUUCCCUGUUAUUCUUUCUGCCUGUCACUGGAUCUGCUCUUUUCAGGGAAACAGGCCUCUGGGCCCCCGAUCCUCAGCCUAAGCCCUUAGGCCCCUGGGAGCAAGUUGGGUUCUAUUUAUUUAUUUAUUUAUUUUUUCCUUUGUACCUUAGCCCCACUGAGCUCCAGGGAGAUGUCUGCCACCAACCCCUCUCUGAAGCCAGGGCUUAUUCUUGGCUGUCAGGCACUUCCAUACCAUCUAACCUCCAGGUAAUCCUGGCUGGGAGAUGUCGGGUAAAGCCACUGGGCCCCUCUCCCAAGCAGCCCCUGAGCCAGGAUGGGAGGAGCAAAGCCUCUCUUUUAUACAUCUAUUUAUUUUGUAUGUGUGUAUUUGUGUGGGGGAGGUUGUUUGUUGCUUUAUUUUUUUAAGGCUCUGGAGUGUUGUGUAUGGUUUCUCUUCAUAUUCUCCCCUCCCCAUGGGCACUUCCAAGAACAAAGGGGAUUUCUUGGAAAAGGAGAGAGAAAUCCCCUAGAACAGGGGAGGACAUUGGCUGCCAGCUGUAGUGGACCUUCCUGAGAAAUAAAUAUCCUCUAAAUUUUCAAAC